UUAAGCCUAAUUUAUACUUAUGUCGCCGACACUUUUGAAAUGGUCGCCGACGGAAAAAAAAAGUGUAGCUCAGGCUGCUGCAUUUAUACUUCGGCAAACAGUCGCCUGUGCUCAAGGUUCGCGUGACGUAAACAGAAUCAUUUUACCGUUACAUUCAUAGCUAUGGUUACAUUGUUAACGCUUUGUAGCCUAGGUGAUCAAUCGAAGAAAAUGGCUGCAGCUAAUUUUGAGAGAGAGGGAGAGAGAGGGGUUGGAGGAAUAAUAGAGACCAUGUCAGUGGAGGAGGAAUUUGAUUUAUUAGAGGAGGAGGAAUUACUAACAGAAUUGCUGUUAGCAAGAGAGCAGGGGCACAGAAGGGAGAGACGAUGGUGUGUUCGUCCUCUUAACAGGAGUCGAGAGAGCCAGGGAGAGUAUCAGCUCGUAAAGCAGAUGAGGGAAAUUGACCCAGAAAUGCACUUCAGAUACUUCAGAAUGUCAGCCAGUAGGUUCGACGAUUUGGUCCACCGCAUCCGUCCCUACAUCCAGCGUGCCAGCACCCACUCAUCACCUGUUACUGUAGCAGAGAGGUUGGCCGUCACACUCCGUAUCCUGGCUAGUGGGGGCUCACAACAGAGUGUGGCUGCUAGCUACCGACUAGGGUCAGCCACAGUCUCAAGCAUCGUGUCCGAAGUUUGCCAGGCCAUACACACGGCACUGAAAGAUGAGUUCAUCCCCUACCCAUCCAGAGCUGGGUUCCAGGAGAUAUCAAGGGAUUUCUGGCGGAUGUGGAACUUCCCCAACUGCAUCGGUUGCAUUGACGGGAAGCAUGUGCAGAUCAAAGCGCCUCCAUCCGCCGGCAGCGAAUAUUUCAAUUAUAAGGGAACACACUCCGUGGUGUUGAUGGCAGUUUGCGAUGCACAGUACCGAUUCACCAUGCUGGACGUUGGAGCCUACGGGAGGCAGAGCGAUGGGGGGAUUUUUCAAGCCAGUCGGUUUGGGCACGGGCUUCUCCAGGGGACACUCGAUCUUCCUCCGCCAGCCGAUCUUCCAGGAAGUACAGUGCCCAUCCCACACACCUUUUUGGGAGAUGCUGCUUUCCCCCUACACGCAAAUCUGAUGCGUCCCUACGGUAAGAUUCCCGUUGUUACUCCCCUCACGUUGAAGGCACACAGCACAGCACCUCGUGAGGCUCUUCUGAUUGUGCACUGGUAAAACUAUCCUGACGGCAACAAUUAAAUAAUUCCCAAUAAGUCGCAAGCAGAACGAAAAAUUGGUUCCUCCUUUUCCUAUGGUUUAGGCUAAAUAAUAGGAAAUUACUUGACAGGAAAUGUAUUACUUAUUUAUUCAAAUGAUUAUGCUGAACAUUUACCUAUUUAUUGACCCUUAAACCCAAAUAUGGACUGAAAUAUUCUCUAAUAAAUCUCUAAAUAUGAGAGUUGCCUCUGACGAAAAUCAUACAAAGCAUUGUGUCUCUUGUCUAAUACUUCUAUAUGCAGGUACCAAUCUUGAUGAAGGUAAAAAAAAUCUAUAACUACAGGCACUCAAGAGCCAGGAGGGUGAUCGAAAACACAUUUGGAAUAAUGUCUACGCGAUGGAGGGUCCUAGGUCGGCCCAUCGAGUUCCAUCCAAAGAAGGUGGUUGAUUUGGUCAAUGCCUGUGCGGCUCUCCACAACUACCUGUGUUACACAGACGCUGCAAAUUCCUUGGCCACUAGGUAUAUCCCACCAAACUUUACUGACACAGUGUCAGCAGCUCAGGAGAUCCAGCCAGGGGAGUGGAGACGGGUGGUUGCCGGGGACAAUAACCUCAUGGAUAUUGGGCGUCUGUCAAACGCGAGGGCAUCCCAAGCUGCCGUUGCCACCAGGGAUGACCUCAAGAUGUUUUUUCAAUCAACACAGGGUCAGGUACCCUGGCAGCUUGACCACAUCAGAAGAGAUCUCCUCAAUCCCCACCCGCCACAACAAUAACUGCAAUAAUAAAUAAUAAUAUACUGCAAUAAUAAAUAAUAAUAUACAUCUCAUCAAAAUCUUUGAUUUCUUUUUUUAUUGUGAGACUACUCCUCUGUAUUUUGCCCUGCUUGCUCCAUCUCAAAUAGGAGUUUGUGUAUGGCAAACUUUGCUU